UUGUCAUCAAAAGAACAUACGGCUUUUGUGAGCAUCCAAAGCAAUGGACUUCCUCUCAACAAUCCCGGGUACUGAGCUACCAGAAAUCAGCGCCCCAACCUUCGCCCACUUCAUCCCUCUCCUGCUCUAUAACCCAUCCAUAAAAGCUGCAACACCUCAAACACACCAAUACGGCCCCUUGUCUUCCCAACAACUCGACAUCUACACCCCACCACCAGGUACACCACCCGCCGGCGAGCACGCUAAACCGCCGCUCUUCAUCUUCUACUACGGCGGAGGCUACAUGUCCGGCCGGAAACAAAUGUUGCUUCUCAGCCCAGAAGCAGGGAACGUGUACCUCCCUGGUCUCGCCUCCUUCCUCCCCUCCAAAGAAACACCGGAGUUGAAAAAAGAUCCGAAAGCAAUUGAUAAGCUUUAUCAUCAGAAUAUAGGAACCUUCAUCGCGAGCCACGGUUUCGUGGUCGUGAUUCCCGAUUAUAGACUUGUCAACAUGAAAACAGACUACACUUUCAACCCCGAGACAGAUGCACGCUUCCCCUCGGGCGGUGAGGAUGUCACGCUGUCUAUGAAAUGGGCAGUGCAUAACUUGUCUAAUAUCGCUGAUACCAAGACCGUCUUCGCGAUGGGACACAGUGCCGGCGCGAAUCAUCUCGCAACUGCUCUCUUGCUGCAGGAAUUCAUCCAGUCAGAUACUGAACUGAGGAGAAGCUUGAAGAAAUGGGCAAGUUUGAGUGCGACGUUUGAUUAUAUCCAUUCGAGAGAGCAGAGGAAGAUUGCUUGGUCGAGAUAUUUUGGUGACUUUGAGAAGAUUGGGGAGCGGUGUCCGACGGCGCUGGUCAGGGCGCUGGAGGAUAAGUAUAGGGGAAGGUCGAAAGAAGAGGUGGGGCAGGCGAGAGAAUUACCCGAGUUGUUGUGUUUGCAUGCUAGGAGGGAUCAUUUUGGAGCAGUUGAUCCCCAAAAAAGGUUUUGGGAUGCUUGGGUUGAGAAGGGAGGUAGAGGGGAGAUGAAAGAAGUUGUGGGAAAGGAACAUAAUCAUAUGAGUACCAUUUAUAGUGUCGGCUGUGGGGAUGAGGAAGUAGAGCGGUGGUUGGUAGAUGUGCUUCGGUGGUGCCUGGAGGGGCAGUGAUCACUUGCUUUGUGCAGGUUGGAUGUGGAUAAGCCAACGAUUGCUCUAGUUCUACUGAGGCCAUUAACGAGCUAGUCGACAAAACGCGCA